GACUGCAGCGACAUUCCGUUCCCAUAAUGCAACGCGCAACUGUCAUGGCUGCCCGCUAAUGGUUCAUCCUCCACAUGGGUGGAAAGGAGCAUAUUUCGGUCCAAUAAUUCGGACAAAUGAACCGUACUUGUCAGAGUUGCGUGGAGAUCGUGGCUGAAAGUGGGACACGGGAGGAAAAAGUUGUAGCGGUGAAAAUGUUGCUGGACGUGGAGCUCUCCAUUCUUCGAGGCUUCCUCACUCCCAGCGAGUUUACGGCAUGGAAACAGGACUUCUACACGAACGCAGAAGUUGGCUCAUUGUUGGAGGCCUUGAUGAAUGGGAAAUUUGAGGCAGUUCUGAGGAGCCCCCAGGUGUUGGCUCUGCUUAUUGGAGAUAGUACCUGUGAUGAGGGUGAAAAUAUUGAGGCCUACCUAGAGAGACGGAUCUCGUUGUACCUGACUGGUGGCACAAAGGGUGAUCAGACCAACAGUUUCAGAGAACUGGUAGUGUUGGUCCUGGCUGUCUCUUGCCUCCACAUGUUUGUUCAAAGCAACUGGACUGGUCCUUCACUCGACAUCCAUCUCGCUGACCUGCUACCCUCAGCUUUUUUCUCCUCACAGCCUCAGUCCAUAGUCGAAGCUAUCCCCUCAUACCUUCUUCUGGAUGGUGAGUCUGUGUACAGCUUGGUGGCAAACCCAUUCCUGCUCCUUCUGGUGAGGGUUAUUCUCACCAAAUGCUCUUCAAAGAUGGAAAGCCUUCAGCUCCUCCCCUGGUGGACUCUACGGUACGCCAACCUCCACCAGCAAAUUCUGGAGGCGUGUUCUCAGCAGCUUCUCAACCUUUCCCUCAUGAGCAUGGAAAAAGUUCUAAAAUGUGAGUCUCUGUUCCCUGAGCAAAGAAACCUAGCGAUCCAGUUCCACUUGGAGUGUAUGUACUGUAGUCUGACCUACUACGAAUACAAGCGUGCUAAAGACCACAUAAAAAAAGCCCAGGACCUCUCAAUGCUUGAUAUCAACAUGACUGGUGCCUUGGGAAAACGUACCUAUUUUCAGCAAAAGUACUUGGCUCAGCUCAUCCUUGAGGUAAAGAGAAAACAAGAUCCAGAUCGAUCUGUUGCGAGUCCUUCUCCAACACUGCCAUCUUUACUGCCCAAGGAUUGCCAUCUUGAGGAUGACACAGUCUUAGACAAGAUUAAUUUAAUCGACCCAGAUCAUUAUGAGCUCCCAGAACUCAGUGCGGAGGAGCAGGCUGUCAUCUUGGGGAUUUGUACUGAUUUUCACAAGAACAACCCUGUCCACAAACUGACGGAAGAAGAACUGUUCGCUUUCACAUCAUGUUUACUGUCUCAGCCGAAGUUCUGGGCUGUGGAGGUGAUAGCACUUUGCCUCAGGAGUAAACUGGAAAAAGGGAAUUCCCGGUGUAUUGAGAGAGCCAUGAUACAAACUCAGGCAAUAGUUGACCAUUUUGAAGACAAGAACUGUCCCUUGACUGAGCGACUGAAGGUUUUUUACUGCUGCCAUGCUCCAACAAGAUGGGUUGUCCAGAAACAGUUGGCGACAUUUUUGACAGACCUCGCCUGCAUCAGUUCAGCUCUCCUCAUUUAUGAAAAACUGCAGCUAUGGGAAGACGUUAUCAUAUGCUAUGAGAGACUUGGCCAACAUGGCAAGGCUGAAGAGAUUGUUCGUAGGGAGUUGGAGAAGAAGGAGACUCCAAAUCUCUAUUGCCUACUAGGAGACAUCUUAAGAGACCAUCAAUACUAUAACCAGGCGUGGGAGCUAUCAGGCCAUCGCAGUGCCAGAGCCAUGCGUUCCAAAGCUCUGCUACAUCUGCGUAACAAGGAGUUCCAGCAGUGUGUUGACUGCUUCGAACAGUCACUUAAAAUCAAUUCUCUGCAGCUUGGUGUGUGGUUUUCCCUUGGUUGUGCCUACUUGGCCUUGGAGGGCUACGAGGGCGCGGUCAAGGCUUUCCAAAGAUGUGUGGGACUGGAGCCAGAUAAUGCAGAAGCAUGGAACAAUCUCUCUACAGCAUACAUUCGCCUGCGAAAUAAAAAAAAAGCCUUCCGCACCCUCCAGGAAGCCCUCAAGUGCAACUACGAACAUUGGCAGAUAUGGGAGAAUUUUGUUGUUGUUUGUGUUGACAUCGGUGCCUUCGCUGAAGCCAUCAAGGCCUACCAUCGUCUGAUGGAUCUCAGGGACAAAUACAAGGACAUCCAGAUUGUUAAGAUUCUAGUGAGGGCUGUUGUUGAGAAGUUGACAGACAGCCAAGGUGAGGAGACUGCAUCAUUGCAGCCCAAACUAAGGGAACUUAUGGGCCGGAUCAGUUCUCACCACAGCAACGACCCUGAAAUAUGGCGGCAGUAUGCUUUGCUGUAUGAGGAUGGCCACAGUUCCAACGCAGAGGAGAAUGAGAAGGCACUGCAGUUCUUGUCCAAGGCCUAUCGCUGUGAGCUUCAAUCUGGUGGCUGGGAAAACAAGCCAGGCCUUUUUAAGGAAGUGAUCAAAAGAGCCAUCAAGAUGGGGGAAAUAACCAUCAGUUGCAGCAAGAAGAAAACCAAUCCUGCAGAAGCUCUUCAAAUACUGUCCUCAACGCGUCUCAGCUUGAGGGGCUUGGCCACCAAAGCAAAGAAAAUGCACACCGACAUGGUCUCUGGUCAGAUCCAUUCUGACCUGCAAGAUGAUGUUGCUGUUCUCGACCAGCUCGUUACAGAACUGCAGGAGCUGUGUGGAGAACUACGUGGCCAAUCAUCGUGAACAUCAAUCCAAAGAAGUCUCAUUAGCCUCAUUCUCAUUCUGUAGAUUAUAAAAAUUAUGUGAAAACUACAAGUACAAAAUAAAUUAUGAAUUUAAAAGUCUUGUAAUCAGUCAAAGGAAUAGCUGAUGUUCUUAAAAGAUUGAAAUGUUUUCUGCCUCACAGUCAGUAGUCAGGUUUCAAUCUCUUGUGUAGAGCUGGCAUGUCUCCUCUCUGCUUGUGUGGGUUUUCUCCACAUACUGAAGCUUCCUUUCACAUUCCAAAAUCAUGCAUGUUAAGGUGAAUUGAAGACUGAUUUGUCCGUACAUCUGAAUGUUAGCAUAAAUCAGAAUCAGAGUCUUGCUUGUCUAUGACUGUCAAUCCCGUAAUUGACUCGUGAACAGUCCAGGGUAUACCCCGCCUCUCUCCCAAAGUCAGCUAGGAUAGGCCAUAGUUACCCACGGGUGGUUUCGAAAAUGGAUGGAUGGACAUAUUUCAGUAAAAGAUUGAAUACAGGUACAGUUGAAAUCAGAAUUUUACAUGUACUACAUAAAAAGACAGGCUUUUCCCCCCUCGCCCUCAGACUUGGAAUCACUUUAAACAUUUUUGUUUAAGAUUCAUCCAUUCAUUUUCUGAGCUGCUUACCCUCACGAGGGUUGCGGGAGUGCUGGAGCCUAUCCCAGCUGUCAGCGGGCAGGAGGCAGGGUACACCCUGAACUGGUUGCCAGCCAAUCGCAGGGCACAUGGAGACAAAUCAAUUAGGAUAACCUAAAUAUUUCUAUUUGCUGAGUAUAGUAUUAAUAAUUAACCUAAUUGACAUAAAAUAUGAAGUCUGAUUUCAUGUUGGACUUAAACACGGGUUUUAUUUUUACACAUAAAAGGAUGUUUGGUGACUGACAUGAAGCACAAAAAAAUCAGUUUGACAAUUCAGCGGCUAGAAAUCGUCAACACACUCUAUUAAAAUGGCAAUUUUGUGAUGUAAAAACAAAAAAAAAGUGGCCAAUAUAAAGAUUUCUUUUCACUCACUUUGUCAAAUAUUAACCGGGACACGCCGAAAGGAAAAGAAAAAGAUUUUUAUAUAUUUUGUUUUAAUUAGAUUGUACAUGUUAUAGGUCACAUUAAGGGUAGCAAAAGUUUUGAAAUUAUUUUCCUUGGUCUCAUUUUUGAUAUCAAAAAAGUCAUCAGGCCAGAGGUGUGGACUUUUUGUAUUUUCUGCAUAUACUGUUGAAAUGCUCUUUUGGCUCAGUGAGGUCACAAAAGACAAUUGCUCUUUCAUCGAUAUAUCGUUAGUUGUGGAAAUUUAGAUGAAGGAAUUGAACAGAAAGUGCACAAUGAACCUCUUCACACUUUUUGAUUUUAACGUGAAAACAUUGGUGCCCAAUUUUUUUUUUCAGGUCCCCCAGAUAUAUUUGGAUAUACAGUACGUAUCCUAUUUUUGUGAUGAUUACAAUUGUGUAUAUAUUAAUAGACGUGUGUUCCCUCAUUUAUUCUGCAUGUUAAAGUCUUCCAUUUAUUUCUGGGACAAUCUGCUGUUAAAAACCACUAUAGACUUUCAAAGUAUUCUGUACAUCGGUACAUUGUGUUUUUGAUAGUUCUGCUCUUUGUGAUUUUCUGUGAUCCAUUUUUGUGACCAGGAGCUCCUUAUUUUUGCCUCUGUCCAAAGUGACUUAAUAAAUACAUUUUACUCUGUAAA